AUGGUUCCUCGGUUCUCUUCGCUCCGAGCGGAGUGUCCUCGGCUUCCGUCUUGUCGUGCCUGUGCAGCUUCUGGAUCUUCCUCUUUUGCUCCUUUUGUCCGGUGUUCUUCCCCGCUUCUCUCCGCUUCGUCAGCUUCUCUCGCCCCGUGUCUUCCCUCGCAGCCUUCUCAGUCCUCGCCUUCGCGUCUGUCUCCGUGGAGUUCUGCCGCUUCGCUCCUCGGCCGCGCAGACGCGCUUCCACAGGGUCGGCCGUCGCCUGCUCUCUGCGGGUCCCGGCGUUUCUUCUACUACCGGUUCCACAAGCGAAUCGGGAAAGGGAACUUCAACCGCUACUUGGAAUUCUACCAAAAACCCCGAGGCAUUGAAAAUACCUUGCGCCUUCGGUACAACUACACUCCCACGUUCACGGCGAAGAAACGAAGUGAAAUGUGGAAGGUGAAUCUUGUCAAAAAAAUCGCGCAUGCAACAGACGCCAAACAGGUCCUCGAUGUAUGGACCUACUACAGGCAUCGAAGAACCAAGAGACCUUACCACUAUCUCCUCGCCCUGCAGCGCCUCGUCGAGGUCGGGGGAUGCGAUCCCACAGAUUUCCGCUUUCGCCUGAUUGCUCAAGGCAUUUACAGAACCGCGAAACGCUUCAUCAAUUUGCCUCGCGUCUGCGUGUACCUCGCAAAGCUCAAUGCCACGGGAGACCUUCAAGACUUGUCACGAUUUCUGACCCCGCAAGUGGAGGCGUACUUUCCGUUUCAGCUGUGUCUCCUGGCGCAUGCAUUCGGCGCUGUGCGCCUACAAGAUAAAGUCCUCUUUGCAGCCAUUGAUGAGGCGCUGCGUCCUCACCUUUCCGAGCUCUCUGCUGCAAUGCUUCUGAAGCUCACACAAGGAUAUGCUGGCGCUCUCGUCCACAACUACGGCCUGCUUGCGCGCGUCUCUCUCGUCCUCCAGCAACGUGUGUGGCGAGUCGCGAUGGGGGAAGAAGAGCCGGCGCUCGCGGGCGACAAGACGGACGACGAGGCCCGAACGCCGCGCGAAGCGCAAGAAGAGACAGCACACGGAAAACAGAGAAAGAAGGAAAAGGCGAGGGCGACAAGGGAGCAGGAGAACGAGGAAAUAGAACAGGAGACAAGCAGCGGGCGCGGCUCCGACAGCAAAACCAAGAGACGACACACCGGGGCUCUCUUUCCCACUCUUCAUCAGCUUAUUGCCUUUGGCCGGGUGUGUGCCGAUCUCAAGUACCAAGAUUUUGGAUAUCUUGAAAUGCUCUCCGUCCAGAUGCAGGCAGCAUUCCGAGCGGACCUUGCUGUCUCCUCAAGCCGAGACACCUUCCGGAGGUUUUCUCCCUUCUCCGUUCAAGAACUUGUCGAGGUCUUCCACCGCCUCAAAGCGAACGACGUCGAACUGCUCCUGGCUGUCCUCCGCCACGCUCAGGCCCGAAUACACGACUACCCUCCUUCCUGCCUCGCGUCGAUUGGAUUCUGCACAGCCCAGAUGUUGCCAUGCGACGAGCCGUUUAUCCGGCAGCUUGCCGAGCUCGCGGCUUUUACAAAGAAGGCGAAACCCCAACGGAAUCGUUCGGCACUUCGUUCGUUUGUCUUUGAGGCUGUCGAAGCACGGGUGCUUGAACUCCAGGGUGAUGGUCGGACUGUUUUCGACGUCACCAGACUUCUGGAGCUUCUCUCCCUCAAUGGGAGAACAGUCAGCGACGAGGCCUUCCACAUCCUCUGCCGCCAGUGUCAUCGCCACUUGGAUCUCUUUGAGCCUCACGACUUCUGUCGCCUUGCCCGGGCUCUCGCUCGUCUAAGAUCUCAGAGAGGAGCCGGGCAACCGGAAGGGCUGCAUUCGUCUUCUCUGGUCAAUGCAUUGGCGCGUCGCGCUUUGCGCCAGGAGGACGAGUUUUCGCCUCGAGACUUUUUGAACCUUCUGCGCUCCCUCGCUGUGGCAGGGCCCCCCGACCGCGUAUACGCCGUUCCCUUGGCAGAGAAAUUGAGACGGAAGCAAGUCCUGCACGACUACUUCCCUGCCAGUCAGAGACGUGACACCGAAACGGGUGGGCCGAGUGAAGACGGCGACGCUCUCCCUUUGUCGGAUUCGGAUCUACCGCUUUCUUCUCGGCAAACGCCGAAACUUCGCCCCGGAAAGCUGCUCCUCAGGUCCCCGGCAACGAGAGAAAAACUGCAGGUGCCCGGCAACUCACAGUCUGGAGAGGAGCGGAGCAGUGAAGAAGAGAGCGAAAAGAAGGUGCAUCGUGAGGCAAAUGCGCGCGACCUUUGCGAAGGGGGGCGCAGCAAAAUACGCCGCAGGAGACUGGAAGAGAAACUCCGAAUUGCGGAAGAAGAAGGAUGGGAUCUUCUCCAUAGACGCGUCGCAUCGCUUCGACAACUCAAAGGGUGGCUGUGA